CAGCAGGCGACCCGGAAGGUUUGAAGUCCGACCGAAAGCGAGCAGAAAGAGGAGUCUGAUCCUUUAUAAAAUAUUUCUUCUGUCGCUGGUGCAGGAUGGCUGAACCUCGUUUUAACAAUCCCUAUUUUUGGCCUCCACCUCCUGCCAUGCCUGGCCAGCUGGAUAACCUAGUCUUGAUUAAUAAAAUCAAGGAGCAGCUUAUGGCGGAGAAGAUCCGACCACCGCAUCUGCCUGCUGCUUCGUCCGCUUCCCAGCAGCCUUUAGUGGCUACCCCAAGUCAGGCUGAAGCCGGCCAGCAUGGGGUGACCAAAGCUCAGCAGAUGGCGGCCCACCAGAGUAACAGCCCGUCUCAGCCAGACAUCGCCCUGCACGCCCGCCCCGCCUCCAGCUCAGUGACAGGCCGUAUUUUAGGAGAUGUAAACCUGAAUUUGGAUGAUAAGGCAGCUAUCAAAGCCAGAGGAUUAUGGGAAGACUGGCACCUACGUCAGCUCAUAGACCAUCCUACCAGAACAAACCAUGUCUCAGGUGUGGCUCUGGCGUCCAGAACAGGGAACCUCAACACCUCAGAGAUCAUCAGCCCUACAACACCCACCUCAAGCAGCCACAGCCGGCUGGGUGGCACUCCCACCCCACACCUCAUCUCAGGGUUAGCCAGCGGCCGUGGGUUAGAGCCCGGGAAAGGGAGCGGGGGUCUUUUAGGACUCCUCGGCCCUCCGCCAAAGGUGGAACGAGGGCGCAAGAAGAUCAAGGCGGAGAACAGGUCUUCGCUCUUGGUGGUACCCUACCCAAUCCUGGCCUCUGGCAAUGACCAGUCCUGUAUCACCAUCCCUACAAAAGAGGGGAAAACCUACAGGUGCAAAGUGUGCCCGCUGACCUUCUUCUCCAAGUCAGACAUGCAGAUUCACUCCAAAACACACACGGAGGCAAAGGCUCACAAGUGUCCUCACUGCACCAAGACCUUUACAAACAUUUCCUACCUUGCCCAGCAUCUGCGCAUACACCUGGGCACCAAACCGUACCGCUGCUCCUACUGUGAGAAGUGUUUUCGCCAGCUCUCCCACCUGCAGCAGCACACCAGAAUCCACACGGGGGAUCGGCCAUACAAAUGCGCCCACCCGGGAUGCGAAAAGGCUUUUACCCAACUCUCUAAUCUGCAGUCUCAUCAGAGGCAACACAACAAGGACAAGCCCUUCAAAUGCUCCAACUGUUAUCGUGCCUAUUCAGACUCUGCCUCGCUGCAAAUCCACCUGUCUGCACACGCAAUCAAAAAUGCCAAGGCUUACUGCUGCAGCAUGUGUGGCAGGGCAUACACCUCGGAAACUUACCUUAUGAAGCACAUGUCUAAACACGCCGUGGUGGAACAUGUGGUGUCCCAUCAUUCACCUGCACACAGGACAGACUCUCCCUCCAUUCCUAUACGGAUCUCCCUCAUCUGAGCUCCACCGCACCGCUCGGGCCGAGGUGGACCACGGGACCCAGAAACAGGCUCCAAAUACGUGCCAGUAUUUUGAGGAGAGGUGCUCCUUUGAUGAGUGUAUCCCAAUUUCCUUUUCUUGCUGACCAGAUAGUAUUAACGGGGACGUCCAAAGAUGAUCUCUCAGCACUUUCAGGCUUGAGACUUAACAGGCCAAAAAUGUCUUUUUCCAUGUGACUUGACAGAAAAGAAAAGGAAGAAAAAAAAUUGCUCCCGGCAGCUACAUGGAAAAUCUGUUUUAUGGAUUACUUUGUCUUUUUUUAUACGCUCCUUUACAUUCUUUCCUCAAGUCUUUGCAAAAAAUAUAUCGGGAUCAUAAUAGUCUUCCAUUUGCUGUGUGGCCAACUUAACAUAAAAGUGUAUGUAUGUGUAUUAAUGUCUGUCGUGCCACCUCUCCUGUUAGUGUUUUAUAUGGCAAUAAUGCGCACAUUAAUGGUAUGUUAACAUCUUAAGUUAGUCAUUUUUAACCUGUCAACCAUUUUCAACCUGUCGCUAACAUCACAUCAAAAUCAUAUAUUUUUUAUUUCACAUACAGUCACCUAUUAACGUAAGUACAUUUUGGAAGUCAUUGAGUUUUUCAACAUAUUUGUACAAGAAAACAGAUGAGUGUGGUAUCCAAGAACAAGACUUGAUCAGAAACACUUUCUUUGUUUUUGUAAACAUUGCAAAAGUGAAAAGCUAGUUCAUGUGACUCAUACUGUUCCUAAACAGUUACUAAAAAAUCAACCAUUUAUCUGCAAAACUGCCCAUACUAAUAAAAAGACAUUCAUUUUUUAUGAGCCUGAGAAUCACUGGCAUUGAGUAGAGUGGAGGAAGAUUCAAUUUUUAAAAGAAAAAUGUUUUCUUGGACCAUAGCUUUUUAUCAAUAUAGAAAAAACUUUUUCCGCUCUCUCAUGAGUUAUCUUUCUAAGGCAAUGCUUGUUUUUUUUUUGGCUCUCAUGGUGGCAAAUAGGUUUUGUUUGGGAUAACAGUUUCCCGUUAAGUAGCAGUUGUUUCACACACUGAUUAAAAGCAUUUUCAGUGUGAAUCCAGUGGAUUCUUGACUUCAGGUCACCAUGAAAACCAUGAGCUCAUCACUGACUGCCAACCACAAUCCGCUGCUUUUCAGAAGCUGUUACAAACACUUUCAUGAAUUCAUCUCAAACUUUUACACGCAUUUGUAAGGAUGGAACUGAACAUUUUCAGCAUUAAGGAGGAGAGCAGGGAUGAGCAUUAUUCAUCGUCUUGGAAAGACUGACUGCCUCUAAGAAUUCACAGCUGAUCAAUAGCUUCUCUGUUACAUGCUCCACCUAGAAAAAGACCCUUUUGGAUUUGUCUCAACCUUUUCGCCAAGAGACAAGUUAUGGUCAUUAGCAGCCAUCCAACCCCAAUUUUUUCAGGAAUUGCUUUGUCUGGUUAUCUGUAUUAAAUCAAAUUAAAAUAACUAUGUUGUAAUCAUAGCAUCAAGUCAGUUUACAGGCGGAGGCCUCUGACAUUUUUUACCUAGUGCCAAAGCCAGAAGGUUUAGACGUUGUGUCUUCCGGCUCAGUCUGAAGAACAUGGAAGAGAUUCCAGGAGACAGACAGUUACUGUAGGAGAGCUGGACAGGGCUGUAAAUGUUCUCAACCCAUCACCCAACGGGUAUCUGCUCCUCUGUGUAAGGAGGAUUAGGAUGAGCACUGCCACAGCCCUAUAAAACGUCCAGCAAGCCACAUGUGUGAAUGUCUCUGACCAAACAAUCAGAAACAGACUUCAUGAGGGUCGUCCUCUCAGACCUCUACAGACCAUGUGGUGGGAGUAUGCAGGCAGUUCCUGGAGGAUGAAGGGAUCGAUACCACUGACUGAACCCCGUCCUCACCUGACCUAAGUCCAUCAGAAUACCUCUGGGGCAUUAUGUAUCGCUUGGUUGCACCUGAGACUGUCCAAGAACUCAGUGAUGCCCUGGUCAUCUGGGAGGAGAAUACCCCAGGGUACCAUCCGUCGUCUCAUUAGAAGGAUGCUUUCAAGCAAAUGGGGGCCAUGCAAACUACUCAGUAAUGGUGAUAUUUAUUUGUGGUAUUAUAAGUCGGGCAAGUUUUUAUUUUUUCAGCUUUAAAUGUCCAGCAUCAAUUCUGACACAAACUGCAAUUUUAGACAGGAAAGUAGCGUCAUGCAUCUGGCUCCAUGCAUCUACAUCCUUACACGUAUCACACUGUGUGCAGCUCAUGCAGAGGUCAUCACCAGCCUGAUCGCAUGCGCCUUCCAAACCGGAAUAUCCACAUAUGACCACAUGGAAAAUAAUUUGUAGUUUUUUUGGUGGUUCUUGAAGAAAUGGCCACUAUCAAUCAGAGUAAGGUUCAGCGAUUGCAGCUUAAAUCCAAACGUCUAUUUUACUGAUAAAGCUUGAUAGUGCAUUCAUUUUCCUUUUAGUCCAAAUUUCUGAGUUCCUUUUUUGGGAUUUCAUCUGAAAUAAUCCACGAAGUCGAAAUUUCAACUCGGAAAGUCAGAGCAAAGUUAUCUGCCUUAAUUUCAGAACGCAACAUGGCUGCUGCUCGCAUCAACAGAGUAAACACUCAGCUGUCUCGUGCUAUUCACAUUAAAUCAAACAUACACAUUUUAGUUUAGUUUAAGUUUUAGUUUUGUUUUUUUGUUAUCUUUGGACAUCUUGCUAUGCUGUUUAUGUGACCCAAGUACUGCAUAACGUAUGUUAUGAACCAGUGUUGUUACCAACAGUAAAUGGAACACAACAUAAUGUUAUAUUUAGACUGAACGUUUUUUUUUUUUAUCUGCAAGCAUUACUUGCAGAGACCAUAUCGACAUUUUGGUUUUUUGGUUGUUUUUUUUAAUACCCUGUUUUUUUUUUUUGCUGAUUUUGGCAUGAGCAUUGACACUCUUUUGAAAUAUUACCUGUAUUUUGAUGAUUCUUUUUAUACCGAAAUGGUUCAGUGAAAGUUUCUUCAUUUUAAAUCGUUAUUUAAAUCAGACCUAGGCCCAUCGCUAAUGGUCUGAGCCUGAUGUAAUCUUUGGCACCUAAAUUUAAACCCCAAUUCAUCUUUUUUUUUUAGUUUUUUGUUGUUUUUUAAGUAGAUAUAUGUGCUUACUGUUCAAUUUGUGGCAUUUCAUUUAAUAAUUUAGAUAAUGAAAAAAGAAUACAAUAUCAAUUUUUAUGUGACAUAUUUCAGCACUCAGUAUCAUUCAUAAGCUGUUUCACAGAAGAUCAACUUGAUUUAAACAUUUAAUAGUCUAGUUUCCGUGGGGUUUAUAUCCAUUUCCACAGUUGAGUUUUACAGUAUUGUGCUCAAGGCAGUUCCUGAGUUCUCAUUUGAAUUUGAUUACAUUUUCAAAGAUCUAAAUCAUUAGCACUAUUUAAGUACUUCAUGAAGACAAUAAAUAGCAAUGGAGCAGCUGACACUGUGAAGCUUAUGGUUUCAAUAGUUUUACAAGUCAAUCAUAAACAAGUCUAAAGUCAGUAAUAUCUGCAACUGUUCUGCUUACUUCAGCUAGCUCAUUCAUGCAUGCCUGUGUGUCUCUGUUACAUUGAAUGAUGCACCAUAACAUUGUUAUUUUGAUCCAUAUUAAUACUCAACUGAAUGUGAAAUUACUCAAAUUCUAUCGCAAUGUUACUGUAAAUCCCCCCCCCCUCCCCCGCCACACACACACACACACACACACACACACACCGACACAGAUUUAUGUUACUGUUCAGGCAAACAUUAGCCAUGGUUUUCAUGCAUUUGGUUUCCACUUCUAAGCAUCAAACAUGAACUUUUCCACUGAUUUGUACAUUUAUACUUUGUCAUUUUAUAUGCAUUUAAGCCUUAACUUUGCUACAAAUCAUGAGUUUGUUUGUUCACUGAACAUUUGCCUUUUAUGUCGUAGCCAGAUAUAAGAUAUACUGUAAAUACUGUAAACUAUAUUAACUGUCAACCCAU